UACCCCCCUCGCCACCUCUAAAAUCCCCCCACCGAACCCCGCGCACCAUCGCAAGCGCCCAACCAAACCCGCCCACUGAUUCCCCAGGCGUGGUCGCGAGGGGGGAGGCCGCAGCCAUGGAUUUCCUGCAGGGGCAGAGCUUCGAGACCACGGUGGCCGUCGCUGUCGCCGUCGUCGCGGUCGCCGCGGCCGGCGCCUUCCUCCUCCGAUCCAAGAAGCCCAAGGUCUGCUUGCAUCCUGAGAACUUCAAGGAGUUCAAACUUGUUGAAAAGAAGCAAAUAAGUCAUAACGUGGCCAAGUUCAAAUUUGCUCUUCCAACUCCAACUUCUGUAUUGGGCCUUCCAAUCGGCCAACAUAUCAGCUGCAGAGGACAAGAUGCUACUGGCGAAGAAGUUAUCAAGCCUUAUACCCCUACUACAUUGGACUCUGAUAUCGGAUAUUUUGAGCUUGUUAUAAAGAUGUAUCCUCAAGGAAGAAUGUCCCAUCAUUUCCGUGAGAUGAAAGUUGGUGAUUAUUUGUCCGUGAAGGGACCUAAGGGUCGUUUCAAGUACCAAGUUGGCCAAGUGAGGGCAUUUGGAAUGCUGGCUGGUGGAUCAGGCAUCACUCCAAUGUACCAAGUUGCAAGAGCAAUUCUUGAGAACCCUAACGACAGCACAAAGGUUCAUUUAAUCUACGCUAAUGUCACAUACGAAGACAUUCUUCUGAAGGAAGAGCUGGACAACAUGGCAAAAACCUAUCCUGAUCGCUUUAAGAUCUACUAUGUCUUGAAUCAGCCUCCUGAAAUCUGGAACGGUGGUGUUGGGUUUGUGUCAAAGGAAAUGAUUAAAGCUCAUUGUCCAGCGCCUGCUGAGGACAUUCAGAUCCUGAGAUGUGGCCCUCCUCCGAUGAACAAGGCCAUGGCGGCAAACCUUGAGGAGCUCGAAUACACAAAGGAGAUGCAAUUCCAGUUCUAAGUUUUCCUAAUAGAGGAGUACAAUAAUAAGGCCUCGUGGAUCACAUAGUUCAUCGGCCACGGAAACGGUGUCCGACCCUGUUUGUUAGUUAACACCAGGAAUUCAGAAUUAGAUUGAUUAAUCGUGCGCCAACAAUUUGUGUGAAAUCCAUUUUUGGGGGCAAAAAUGUUAUGUCCCUCGACGGAACACCACUUUUCCAGUGACUCCCAUUAUUAUUACUGACCUGAAAUGUGGAACACUGUAAUUUGCUUACGAUGGUCAGUAUCAUAGUAUCAUCAAAUACCAAUGCAAGGAACCAGAAAUGUGUGUGUGUUUU